GCAGCAGCAGUUGCUGCAGGAGCAGCAGCAGCUGCAGGAGCAGCAGCAGCAGCAGCAGGCUGCUGCUUGGGCCCUUUCAGCUGCUCUGCGUCAAUUUGAUUGGUGCGAAAGAAUGCUGCAGCUGCCGUGGAGUCCCCCAUCAGUGUGCUUGGGCUUGAGCCAGCCAGACGAGAAGAAGUACAUUGACGUCUAUUCCUUUGGAGCUGUCUUCUGGCAGAUCCUCACGGGCCUUCAGCCCUUUGCUGAGUUAUCUUCUGCGCAGAUUGUUACCCGAGAAUCAGCAGAAGAGGCACUGGAGGAGUUUAUGGGGGCCCUCUAA